GAGUAAUGCACUCGAUCAAUUGGAUUUGCUCCUAUAUACUCAAUAUUCCUAGGAAAGCAAUACUCAACCCCAACUGAUCAUAUAUGGCAACCACUGUAGUCAAGUCCACCGAAACCUCACCAACAUGGGAAGAACUCCUUGGCAGCAAGAACUGGGAAGGCCUUGUGGAGCCGGAGCUUGAGGAAAACUUGCGUAACUCCAUCCUCAGGUGCGGCGACUUCUGCCAAGCCACCUACGACUGCUUCAACUCCAACCCCAUCUCUCCACAGUGCGGCAAUAGCCGCUACGGCAAGGAUACCUUCUUCCACGACGUCAUGCUAGAAAACGCCUCACGCUACCAAGUCGUCUCAUUCAUCUACGCCACCUCCGGCCUCGGCGAUGUCCGGAAGAACUUGUUUCUGCACCCCAAUAAAGAUCUUUUGCGGUGCAACCCAUUCUGCUGGGACAGUGAGUCCAACUGGAUGGGCUACGUAGCCGUUAGCUCGGACAAAGUUAGCAAAGCCAAUGGCCGCCGGGAGAUCUACGUGGCGUGGCGUGGGACUAUAACCAGAACCGAAUGGGAGAGCAAUCUGUUUGGGGCAAUUCCUGUGUCAGCCAAGCCGUUGCUCUCCGAGUCAUCGUCGAAGAAAGUAGACCUUUCCAUUUUUUGGGAACCAGAGCCCAAAAUCCACGAGGGUUGGCUCUCGAUUUACACCUCGAAUAAUAGUACUUCGAACUACGUGAAGACAAGUGCGAGAGUUCAACUCACCAAUACCAUCAAAGAACUGACGGAGAAGUACAAAAACGAGAAGCUCAGCAUAGUGGUGACGGGACACAGUCUUGGUGGGGCUAUGGCGACUAUAAGCGCCUUCGACCUCGUUGAAAACGACGUCGUCGGCCCUGAUGUCCCUGUCUCGGCCUUCGUCUUUGGAUGUCCUCAAGUGGGGAACAGGCAGUUGAAGAAAAGAGUGGAAGCACACUCGAACCUCAAGAUUUUUCACGUGAAGAACAUUCGCGAUAUAGUACCGAACCUUCCUGAUUUCCAUUUCAGUAUUUACGUGCCAUUAGACACGAUUGAACUCGAGAUCGACACAAACAAGUCUCCUUACUUGAAAACUAUAUGGUUCAAAUUAGAAUCCAUUGCAGAUUUCCACAACUUACAGGCAAAUUUGCAUAUAGUGGCGGGGUGGAAUGGUGCGGACAGCAAGUAUGAGCUCAAGGUUAGGAGGAGCUUGGCUUUGGUGAACAAGUCUAGUAAGUUCUUAAAGGACGAGUACAAUAUACCAGAAUCUUGGUGGGUGGAGAAGAACAAAGGGAUGGUGUUCGAUGAGAAAACUGGUGAAUGGGUCUUGGAUCCUCCACCUCCAACAAAUCAGAUGCUGUCUAUGAAUUAAUCCAAGCUAGCUUCAAUGCUAUAAAUAUAUAUAUAUAUAUAUAUAUAUGUGUGUGUGUGUGUGUGUACGUACUUCAAUAAAUGACUAUCUCAAUAAAUAAAAAGUACGUAACAAAUAAAAAGAGGUACAACCAAUAAUAUUGGUGAAGCUCGGCCUAGCUAGCCUUGAAUGCGCCGCCCUAUUUAAUUAAAAAUAUGUACCUCUUUAAUAAUUUCAUUUGGUAUAUGUUUUAUAAUUUCCGAGCUGUACUGUGUGUGAUAUCUUUAUUCCGAUAAUAAGACUACUUAAUGCUUUUAUGAA